AUGUCGUUCGCGAGUGCUUCGACAGGCGCCGGCCCGGGCCUGAUCUCCUCCACGCCCGCCUCCUCCGCCUCCGGUCCGGCAAGCGCCACCCCUUCCGCCUCGACGUCGCCGUCCGUGAACGCUGCCGGUGCCGGUACCGGUGCCGGCGCCCUGGCCGGUGCGGCAGGCGGCAGCAGUAUUGACGACAACCGCAAUGCCUCCAACACAUCGCUGACCUCGUCAUCCUCCCCCUCCUUCCCGACACCCGCCACGGCCACCACCCCGUCUGCGGCCACGGCCAGCCCCGCCAUCCCGUCCUCCUCCACCUCGUCCUCCUUGUUCCGCACGCAGGCGGCGCCGGGGCCGGGGCCCGCAUCCCAGCAGUACCACCAGCAGCAGCAGCAGCAUGCGCACGCGGCGCAGCAGCUGACACCGCGCACGCCGACGACGGCGUCGACGUCGCUGACAACGAACCCCGUGCUGCACCCCAACCUGCCGUCGCCGUCGUCGCCGCAGCACACGGCGCAGGCGCGCGCCGCCCUCGUCGGCACCAUCGAGAACCUGCUCGACUCGGAGCUGCAGAGCCGCGCGGGCCUGCUGCACCAGAACGCCCGGGCGCUCGAGGCGCAGGAGAGGGAUGUGGCCAAGGCGACCGAGGCGCUGCGGCGCGAGAACGACAAGCUGGUCAAGGUGGUUAAGGAGGGCAGCCGCCGCGUCCUGGAGACGGGCAACGUGCAGAACUGGGCCGAGGUGCUGGAGCGCGACUUCCUGGUGCUCGAGGACACGCUGCGCCAGGUCCGCAGGGGCGACAGCAGCGCCGCCGGCUGCAGCGACCCGGACUGCAGCGGCUGCUCGUGCGGUAGCGCCAGCGCCAGCGCGAGCUGGUCCGGCAGCGAGGCGGGUGGGAGCCGCCGCGCCAGUCUGGAUCAGGGGCCGGGGCCCGGGACUGCCGCCGGCGGAGGGGACACUGUCGAAGAUGUCAUAGUCGGGGGCGCUGCUGCUGCUGGUACCUCGGAAGCCAUGGACGUGGAUACGGAAGACACCGGGAAGAAGACCCCUGAGCCGGGCGAGCGCGAUGGCACGUUUGCGAGCGUGGGCAAUGCGAUCGCGGCCAGCAUCAGCGAGGCCAUGGCGACGGCUAUGGGCGACGUGGCAACGCCGCCGGAAUCACGGUUGCCGUCCGCGUCUCCAGGCUUGGAGCCUGAGGCCCGAGACAAGGGGAAGCAAGCAGAGAGGGUUGGCGAUAGCGAUGUUCCGGAGCUGAGCCAGAUGCAGGUCGACUCUGAGGAUGGGCACAAUGGUCAAGAGGCGCGUACGCUGGGCGACACGGACGUGAAGGCGUUGGAGGCUAUUGAUCUCGGCCUUGAGCCAGCCCUUGGAGGGACUUCGGCGAUGAAAACUAUUCCAGAUUCGACCGCCCAUCAUCAAGAGCCGGGGCCGAACAUUACUCCCGGUGCCGAGGCCGACACCCUGGGUGAGGAUAGCAUGGACGUCGACGACCGAGGAGGCGCUGAGCAGCCAGGACAGGAGCCCAGCAGACUAGACGAGACGGCCGGAAGACAGGAACUGUCGGCUCGCGAAGCAACAGUGGCCGUCUGA